GCAAAGAAGCGCCUGAAACAAUCCAGCACAUAACUGCAGGGUGGAAGAUGGUAGCCAAAUGCCGGCCUUCAGACCAGCAAGUGUGGCGCCGGCGGUGUCCAAGGAAACUGACACACAGCCUGCUGAAGUCCCCCAAAACAAAGCAGAGGGUGACCCCCACCUUGCUUUUCCUGCAGUGGGGGGACACCCCCCUCCAGAGUCAGGUGCGAUCCUUCCUCUGGCGCUCGGCCUCCUCAUCACUGCUCUGCUGCUGCUCAUAAUCGGCUGCCGCCUCAGACUUGUCCGCCACAGAAUGAAGAAAGCCCGCCCCCUGACCACAGAGGAAUCUGAUUACCUCAUCAACAGCAUGUACCUGUAAUCCAACAAAAGGUGUCUGCAGCAAAGCCUGAUGUUGUGGAGAUGGUCAAAACGUUUCCAUUUUGUUUCCUAAACCCACCACCGAUGUGUGAAGAAACCAGCUGUUCUUUACCCACAAUCCUAAAGGUCUUUCUGUGGUUUCCUCACAGCUUCUGCUACUUCAGUCUGCCACUACCUGUGUUACUGACACGAACCUGCUGUUCCUCUGACACGAAAUCCAUGUUUAACCCUUGUGCUAUCUUAGAUGAUCCCACCCUUACAUUGAUGUGUUCUCUCUACCACGACAAAGGUGGAUAAAGGUGGAAAGAUUUCAUGUAAU